GAAAAGGAAGGUCAGUCAGACUCAUUCACCAAACAAGCUACAUGGAAGGAAGAACAGCUAGCAGCCUCAAAGGCAAGAUCCACUCAACAAGUUUCUCCAAACACACCAAUGCGUUGUCCUCUUCCCGCAUCUGUUUCAGAGGAGCUAAAGGCAACAUGACUGCCGUCGAGCUAACUCAGAUGGAGACUUUGUUGCUAGGCAACAGCCAGCAUCAAAUGUGCUCGGUGUUGGCGAGGUCAAAGUGAGAUGCUGCAAAAGUGGCGGGAGCCCUCUCGCAGUUCUGGUCCCUCCUUCCUUCCAAUGGUUCUCCUCCACCCUCCAGGGUUUUUUGUUUUGUUUUCUGAGCUGUGAGCGUUCUUCGUCAUCCCAAAGGAUGCCAUCUUUGGACCUGUUACUCACCCUCAUCUUCACACAGAAGAAGUUUAAAGACGAGUGCGGCGCGGCCAUCGAGUUCCACACCGCGGACUACCUGACCUCCCCGGGCUACCCCGGCGCCUAUCCGCCCUCGCAGCACUGCGUGUGGGUCAUCACGGCGCCCGAACCGGGCCAGAAGAUUCUAAUCAACUUCAACCCGCAUUUCGACCUGGAGGACCGAGACUGCAAGUACGACUAUGUGGAGGUCUACAACGGCGGGGACGAGUUUUCACCCAUGCUGGGGAAGUUUUGUGGCAAGAUCGCCCCGUCCCCCAUCAUCUCCAGCGGCGGUCAGCUCCUCAUCAAGUUCGUCUCCGACUACGAGACCCACGGGGCGGGCUUCUCUGUUCGCUACGAGGUGUUCAAGACAGGUCCGGAAUGUUCCAGGAAUUUCACAGCCCCCACGGGUGCUAUCAAGACGCCGGGCUUCCCCGACAAGUACCCCAACAACCUGGACUGCACCUUCAUGAUCUUCGCCCCCAAGAUGUCCGAGAUCAUGGUUGAGUUCGACAGCUUCGACAUGGAGCCCGACACUACGCCGCCACCGGGGGCGCUCUGCCGAUACGACUGGUUGGAGAUCUGGGACGGCUUCCCUGCAGUGGGACCUCACAUAGGUCGUUAUUGUGGCCAGAUGUCACCGGGCCGCGUGAUCUCCUACACGGGCAUCCUGUCCAUGACCAUCACCACUGACAACGCCAUCACCAGGGAGGGCUUCUCUGCCAACUACACCAUCCGAGAGAGGAGCCUCCCCCCAGGGCACACGGAGGAAGAUUUCUCCUGCAUGGAGCCUCUGGGCAUGGAGUCCGGCGAGAUUUCCUCAGAGCAGAUCAGCGCGUCUUCCCAGUACAACGCCAACUGGUCGCCUGAACGCUCCCGCCUCAACUACCAGGAGAACGGAUGGACGCCCUCGGACGACACGGUCCGUGAGUGGAUCCAGGUGGAUUUAGGCUUCCUAAGAUUCAUCACAGCCAUCGGCACACAAGGGGCCAUCUCCAAAGAGACCAAGAAGCACUACUUUGUCCAAUCCUACAAAGUGGACUUGAGCUCCAAUGGAGAGGACUGGGUGACGGUGAAGGAGGGCCCCAAGCAGAAGAUCUUUCCAGGGAACCACAACCCGACUGAUGAGGCUCGCGCCUUCCUGCCCAAGCAGACUCUGGCUCGCUACAUCCGCAUUCGGCCCAUGACUUGGGAGCAAGGCAUCUGCAUGCGCUUUGAGAUCUACGGCUGCAGAAUAUCAGACUAUCCAUGUUCCGGAAUGCUCGGUAUGGUGUCCGGUCAGAUCUCAGAUGCUCAGAUCAGCGCCUCAUCUUACUCCGACCGAGGCUGGGUGGCUGAAAAUGUUCGUUUACUGACUGGGCGGUCUGGCUGGACGGGCCAGCAGACCAAACAGCCUUUCAGGAACGAAUGGCUACAGGUGGACCUGGGCCAGGAGAAAAUGGUGAGCGGCGUGGUGAUUCAGGGGGGGAAGCACCGCGACAAGAACGUCUUCAUGAAGAAGUUCAAGAUGGGCCACAGUUUGGACGGAGAAGAGUGGAUCAUUGUGAACGAGGACAACACCACCAAGCCCAAGAUAUUCUUUGGGAAUCAGAACCACGACACGCCGGAGCUGAAGUCCAUGGGUCCUCUUCUGACCCGUUUCAUCCGGAUCUACCCAGAGAAAGCCACAAACGAGGGCGUGGGCCUCCGCCUGGAGCUGCUCGGAUGUGAACUGGACGACAUCACAACCACCAGCCCGCCCACCACUCCGCCCAUUCCCACCAUUCCCUCGACUACAUUUGGGGGGACCACAACGGCGGCCAUCACCGUCCCCGUAACCACGCCGUCCGCCAGGACCGACACACCUGAAGACACGACGACAGCGGGAGACGUCACAGCCGCUGACCCUGUCAUGGACUUCAUACCAGAAUACUUGUGGUUCGCCUGCAACUUUGACUUCGCCUCCUUCUGCGGUUGGACCACGGAAACGCGCUCCGGCGCAGAGUGGCUCAUCCAGACCAGCGGCGCUCCGACCGCACACAGACUGCCGACUCUCGACCACACGGGACGAGUAGGGAAUUUCAUCUACAUGCAGCUGAGCGACUCCUGGGUGACGAGUGGAGAAGAGGAGAGAGUGGCGAGGCUGUCCAGUCUGCCCGUCACGGCCCCGGAUGCUCACCUGUGCGUGUCUUUCUGGUACCACAUGACGGGUCAGCACCCCGGGGUGCUGCACAUCAGACAGGACAAGGAGAGAGAGGAGCAGAGGGGAAGCAUCCUGUGGACCGUCAGCGGCCACCAGGGGGCGCGGUGGAGGGAAGGACGAGUUCUACUGCCCAGAUCCGGUGUCCCCUACAGAGUGGUGGUGGAGGGCGUGGCCGACAGACGCAGCGCAGGACACAUCGCUGUGGACGACAUCCAGCUUUUGGACGGACUCAACAGUGACUUCUGUAAAGAUCCGGAAGUUUCUCCAUCUCCGCCCACUGAGAUCUUCAUCUUGCCCAUGGACUCUCUGUCGCAGGACACGGGCGACGUCGACGACCCGAACAACAUGCUGAAGACGCUGGACCCCAUCCUGAUCACCAUCAUCGCCAUGUCGGCGCUGGGCGUCUUCCUGGGCGCCAUCUGCGGCGUGGUGCUGUACUGCGCCUGCUCGCAGGGCGCCAUGACGGACAGGAACUUGUCCGCCCUGGAGAAUUACAACUUUGAGCUGGUGGACGGCGUCAAGCUCAAGAAGGACAAGAUGAACGGACAGAGCAACUACUCGGAGGCGUGAGGUCGGCGCCGAGCGGCAGGCGGUGCUCUGCCGGGACCGUCGAUCAAGAGCUUGGAGCUCCGGGCGGCUUGAGGCCGCCGACGGGACUUCAGGAUGGGCUGACAGCGAGCAGACGCCAUCUUUUUUUCUACUCAGGAGUGUCAGUGGAAGGGACUGACCAGUAGGGGGCACUGUGUGUAAAGAAACUGUACAGCAAAAAAGAAGAUUUCUAUUUGUUUUUUUGUUUUUUUGUGUGAGUGUGUUGAUUUCCUGUGAUCACGUGCUGGUCAGUAAACAAAAUCAUGUUUUUUUUUAAACAGAAAUUACCUGAAGUGUGUUUGCGUUCAUGCACGUCUUCAUUUAACGUGUGUGUGUGUGUGUGUGUGUGUGUGUGUGUGUGUGUGUGUGUGUGUGUGUGUGUGUGUGUGUGUGUGUGUGUGUGUGUGUGUGUGUGUGUGUGUGUGUGUGUGUGUGUGUGUGUGUUCUGGUAAUGCUUACUUAAUGGGGACAUUGCUGUGUUUACACAGUCACCUUUAGGGGACCUCUGACGGUAUGGGGACAAAAAAAACAGGUCCCCUAAAGGGAAACCUUUUUAAAUGAUAGUCAGAUCCAUUCUGAAGAUGCCUAAGUGAUUUUUAAGCUUUGGCCCAUAAAACAUGUUUACUCGUUAGUUUGAGUGUGAGACAUUUGCACAGCAGCCCCCUCAUCGGGCUGUAGCUGGUACAUCUAAGUGGUGAAACUUCCUAUAAGAGGACAGCUGUAGUGCUUUAUUCUGAGGAUCAUGUCAUAUUUAAUUUGAACUUUUUUUUUGUAUUAUGGUCCUCAGUAGUCACGUACAAAUGUGUGUGAGUUAUGCAAAAUGAUUUAAAUUUGGUCCCCAUGAACCAUAUUAACUCUUUUUUUCCCCAGGGUCCCCAGUAAGCACAUUACUUUAUCAAUCCAGAGAUUUAAAGACGUGUUUGAGCUAACUGGGCAGUGGCCAUUUUACCUCUUUUUUUUUUUUUUAUGCCUCCACAACCUGUAGAAAGGGUGGUCCCCACAAGUGAUGAUCAAAAACUUGGUCCCCAUUCCAAAUGAUAACCAGUAUGUGUGUGUGUGUGUGUGUGUGUGUGUGUGUUCCAACAGUGCCUUUUUCGCCUCCAUCUUUUUUUGCCACCUUGUUUUCUUCACACAACACACACUUAGGAAAUGUUUUUGACAUGUUCUAGACUGUGUUGCUGUUGGUGUGUGUGUGUGUGUGUGUGUGCGCGCUACAAUGGAGGUGUUACGUCGUCCACAUUAUUGUGUGGUUUCACAGCACACAUUCUGUCAUAUUGUACAUAAGUUUUAAUAUAUUUCUACUAGUUCUGCUUUCUAGAGAACACCUCUUCGGCGCCGCAGUACUCUUUCAAGCGGACGAUUCCCAAAAGUAUUUUUUUUUUUCGAAGUAAUGUGACGUUUUUGUUUGGUGAAUCGUUGUGGUCCUUUGGGUUCUGUCGUUAUGAUGACUGAGCAAAGACUCGUGGGUUGUCUUUCAAACAGGGUAACACUGGACUCCCCACCCCCCGAGCGAGGGUCUCUUCAGGGUCAUCCGCGUUGCGAGAGUAGAUGCUGACGGCCUUGGUUGCCAUGGCGAUGUUGUUGCGUCGUCUCUCGGAAGGGUGGUGUUGGCUGCAGCAUCCUCAGACUAUGCGGUCGCGUGCUUGCAGGUGAAAACACUUGUUUGAUGUCAUUUUUAUGAACAAUGGCCACAAAACUAUGGCCGAGAUUUCACAAACAGCACUUUUCAUUUGCAAUGUAUACACUUUACUUAUGAAUACUCAUUUCAAAAUAAUCUGUUCCAGGGUCAAACUGUGACCACUCUAAAAACCAUCAUGUACAGGCAAUGUUUUAAGUCGCAUUUUAACAUGCUCAACUGUCACACAAGUGAAUAAAUGACAUUUAAACUGAAAUAUAUUUAAACGUAUCACCCAAAUAGUUUGAAACUGGAACUUCUGCAAUGUUUUUAUUAUUUGAGUAGUCUGCAACAAAUAGAUUAGGCAAUACUCAUAAACACUUUAUGAUGGGACUGUCUGUGAAUGUAACUUGUCGCUUGCCAGAGAAUAAUAAGAUGUAGCAGGAGGAGUGAGCGUUGCCAUUUUAGCAAUUUUCUCACCAUAGUUAACAAAUAUUUAGACCCUUUUGGAUUCAAAAAACACCCUAGUGACUUUUUCUGGUCUUAUGGGGCACUUUUUGCUGCAUCUUGUUUGUGACAUCAAAAAAUAAUCUUCAUUUGGAUUUUCUAAGCAUGUUUGUUUGCUUUUCAUGGUUUUCCCCCCACUUUUUUGUGUCCAUGAAAGUUAUGCAAAUUAGUUGACAUUAUCCCACUCCCUGCAAUCCACAGCCACAAAUAGAUUGCAGUCCUGUGAGAAACUCUAUUGAUUAUCUUGUUUUUGUUUAUUUUACAAAAGGACUUUUGUUUAAAGUCAACAUUGAACUGAUGAUCAGUUUUAAGACAAAUAUUAGUUUUAAUGUGACACACAUGAACUUGAUUGGGUGUUAAGUUGACCGAGUGAACUUCUGUAUGUGAUGCUGACUCAACGAGAAGUCUGAAAGGAUGCUGCAGAACUCCACCUAAAAAAAAGAAAUGUUGCACUGAAAUGUCGAGAAGUCUUAUAAACUCAUGGUUUAAGGAAAAAAGAACAGUUUUUUUAAAACAUGCUUUCAUGAAGGUGUUUUAAUUCUGAGAUGUACAAUUUUAACCAGGAAAAAAAAAAAAAGCUUAUAUACGGUGAGGUUUUUGUAACGUUAUUGAUGGAUCUUUGUGCCAGAGUUUGUUUGCCUUUUCUUUGUUUGUUUUUCCAACCUGCUUCUGCAAUGUUGCUGUCUCCUGUCCGGAAAAGGAAGACAAAAAUGGGAGGCCUUAAGCGAUUUAAAAAGAAGAAGGAAAAAAAUGGUAUUUUCUGGUCAACGCCCAGAUUGAUCUCAGCUCUGUUGUUGACGUCUACAUUCCAAAGAAUUGGAUCAAAUAAAUGUUUGCAUUAAAUGUGACAA